AUGGUGUCUGAGAGGCAAUCAGGAAAGUUGGGUGGUUCCCCACUUCAGUCUUUGUGUUUCCCCACUAUGGCCGUCACUGAGAAUGGCGUAAAAAAGAAGUUGAAGAUUAAAUUUUGUGCCUCCAAAAAGGUUGAAGCUGAACAAGGGAUAGAAUCAUGUAAAUUUAGCCAACAGAUGUUCAAAAAUGAUGAAUGCGGACGCAACAUGUCGUCGAAUGGAAACAAGAAGUCUGAGAUGAAUAAAGCACAAAAGAUUGUGAUUCGUUCUUCUGGAGACUUGUAUUCUGCUGAUAGCUUGAAGGUGAAACUACCCAUUCCAGGCUCCAAUAAGCGUGGACCAUCAGGAAUGGUAGACGGCCAAAUGGAGAAAAGGCAGAAAAUUGAUCGUACUUUGAAGCAACAGUGUAGUAGCAUUCUGAAAAUGUUGAUGACUCAUCGAUCGGGGUGGGUUUUCAACAAACCAGUGGAUCCUUUGGCAUUAAAUAUACCAGAUUAUUUCUCUAUAAUUGCUGAACCCAUGGAUUUGGGAACGAUUAAAACAAAAUUGGAGGGUAAUGUGUACUUUAGUGUUGAUGAAUUUGAGGCUGAUGUUAGACUGACCUUUUCCAAUGCUAUGCUGUAUAAUCCUCCUUCAAACAAUGUUCAUCACAUGGCAAAGGAAUUGGAUAAUAUUUUUGGUAGAAGAUGGAAAUUGUUAGAGGAAAAAUGGAAUUGCGACAGCAAAAAGGUUGAGCAGAGCAUUUCAAGUGGAAGAGCAAAGAAUAACACGGAUACAAUGCAGGCUUGCCAUAAAAGUCACCAAUUCGGGCUAGUUUUCCCCUCAAGAAGUCAAUGUCACCUAAGGAUAAACAAACACAGAGAAAAGCGGAUGGAAGCACCGACGGGUUCAUUGGAUGUCAGAUCUUUGAAGGUGGAGUCUAAGAAAGCGACACAAAAUGGUGGGCGUCUGUUGAUUGGGAAGUUUGUCCGUAAAGGCACAGAUAGUGGUAGUGCAAGUGCUGGCAACUUUGCCACUACAGAACCCCAUUUAGCUCAGCUGCCUCCAAAUCUGGUUCGG